CUGGCAGGAGUGAGUGGCAGAGGCAGGGCUGGAUUCCAUAACACGGGAUUUGCACAUCAGCCUCGGCAGGUGAUACAUGCUGGGGGAAGAGGUAAAACUCACAGAGUGGAGUUACAGUCUGAGUUCUCUGUUGCCCAGACACAAAUAGGGAUGGCAGGAGCCCAGGGGAAGGACAUCGGGGGGUUGCGCUGGGAGAGCAGCACAGGAGGGGAGUUUGCUGAGUCAGCAAUGCCUCUGAGCUGGAAGAAAAAUUAUUCCUGCCCCCUGCCAGCACUUCCUGCAGAUCCAGAGCACGCUUCCCAGAAUUGUCCCUACGUAUGUUAACAAGAGGGCAACUGCCUGCAUGUUUUGCUGCAAGCAAGUUAGGUGGCAACUGCUGCAGCACUGAGCGGUGAGUCCGGGGUAAUGGAUGUCCUGAAGGCAGUGCUGUGAAGUACAGCGCUGAGGGGCUUAAUCUGCCGACUGCCAGGGAGCAGAUUGUGCUUCCUGCCUCCGAGCAAGCUUGCAGACAAGACUCAAGACUGGAAGCAGGCAGAGUAGCAGCCGCAGGGGUGGGAUCAUGUGGUGCAGACCCUUCGUUACAGCAUCGUCAUUGCGGGAACAGCGACCUGGGAAAACUACAGUUCCCAUCACCCUUUUGUGCAUGUCUCUGCGAAACUACACUUCCCAGAACCUUUGAAUGAGCCAGAGAGGAUGUCUACGGAAAUAAAUGCCAACGAUUUUUGCAUAACACCCUGCACCUCUGGAGUGCUGACCGGCACAUGGUCUGUGAGAACGGGAACAGAGGAAAAGCCAGGGAGUGUCGGCACUGUGGAGCUGUGGCUUUGCCCAUCCCAAUAGCCGCAGUGAUAUCCUCCAGCAACGAGAAACCUUCCUCCUUUCAGGACUCCCUUGGUAGUCACAGGGAAGAUCCUAGCCCCCAGGAAACACGGCUGCUGCAGAGGGAGAGGCAGAUAAACUACAGAUCCCGGCAUUCUCCGACAGGCAGCACCUGCGGUAGUCCAUGCACGCCGUGGGGGAGGUGGGGGUGAGGAUGAGGAUGGAGGGCAGGGAGGAGAUGCAGGGCGCCGUGGGGCUACGCUGCACCUGGGACAUCCCUCCACCCGCUGGUACCCAGGCCAAGUGGGUGAGGCUCAAUGUGGGAGGCACCGUCUUCCUCACCACCAGGCAGACCCUGUGUCGGGAGCAGAAAUCCUUCCUGUGUCGCUUGUGCCAGGGCGAGGAGCUGCAGUCGGACCGGGAUGAAACUGGUGCAUACCUAAUAGAUCGAGACCCCACUUACUUUGGACCAAUUCUGAAUUUCCUCCGUCAUGGGAAGCUGGUCCUGGAUAAAGAUAUGGCUGAAGAGGGGAUCCUUGAAGAAGCUGAGUUCUAUAACAUUGGUCCUUUGAUCCGAAUAAUCAAGGAUCGAAUGGAGGAGAAGGACUAUACAGUAACACAGGUACCUCCUAAGCAUGUCUACCGUGUGCUGCAGUGCCAGGAAGAGGAGCUCACUCAGAUGGUUUCCACUAUGUCAGAUGGAUGGCGUUUUGAGCAGCUUGUGAACAUUGGCUCAUCCUAUAAUUAUGGGAAUGAGGAUCAGACAGAAUUCCUGUGUGUGGUCUCCAAAGAGUUGUACAACUCCCCUAAUGGCCUGAGCUCUGAGCCCAGCCACAAAGCCAAGAACACAGAGGAGGACCUGGAGGAGGAAGAGCAGGAGGUGGAGGAGGAGGCAGAGGCAGAAGCAGAAGAGAAAGGUGCAGCAAAUCCCUGAGGAAAAUGAUAAAAAUAAUCCCCCAGGCGUAGACUCGUCCACCUUUCUGACUGUCCAUCUAUUUGGGAUUGUGCUAAACUCUCUUCCUGUGGACCCUCCCUCCUGCUCCCUUCCGUGUCCAUCCCAGCACUGUCAUCUACCUCCCACAUUGCCCCACUCGCCAGCCUCCAGCAUCCUUCCCUCUGCUCUCUUUGUCCCCCAGGGCUCAGAGUGGUCUCUGCCCAGGGCCUUGUCUCUCUGUGCUCCUCACUUUUCCUCUCUGCAGGUAUGUUACCUGUCUGCACUCCCAGCUCCUGCCAGCCUGAGCUCUGCAUGAGUGACUCACUUCCCUCUUGUGGGUAUGGCCCUGGUUUGUAGAGCUUGGGGAGGGGAGGGAGGGAGGUGUGAGGUUGAUUCAUCCCUAAGGUGGCUUUACAUAUUUUCAUCAUAUGCAUGCCUUUACCUGCCAAGCAGAUCCUAUGGCUGUGGACCAGAGGCUCUGCCAGCAGAAAGGAGAGUGCAACUGGGAGAGGGGUGGAAAUGAAUGCAAAGCAGGCAGGGGUGUUUCGGGGAAGGGGUGGAAUUUUGCCAUGUAUCUGCGUGACACGCAUGCCAGAUCGCUUCUCCAGACUGCCGUCUGCAGCUCCUUUGCCUGCCAACCCGGGCAGUUUGCAGAAGGCAGCCUGUUAUUUUUCCUUCCCUACUCUCACAUCUCUGGGCUUUUCCCCUGCUGGCUCUGUCAGGGUGAGAGCGCAGUGGGAAGGGUGGCAAAGGCAGAGCAGAAGCAGCUGGUCCCCAUUGCAGAUGUUCUCACAGCUGUGUGCAAAAUGAGCCUCUCCACUCUGCCUCCUGUUCAGGAAUGCUGGCUGGCCAAUAUGUGUGGGGCUGGGUAUGGAAAGUGUUAGAAGGAGGAUUCCUCUCCAUACUGCAAAACUGUGAGGCUCUUGUUAAACUGGAGAUGUUCAGUGUCAGUCUCCACUGGUCCUGAUGGAGGGCACUUGUUAGCUGGCUGACAUUUCUCUCUCCCUCUGUUUGAAAGCCUUCUUGUCUAUGGCUGUGGGACCUGAGUGUUAUUAACUUGAGACUCAGUGUGUUAUUCACAUGGACUUUUUCUUCCUUCUGUUCUGUUUUCCCAGCCUAGUUUCUUUUCUUUUUCUUCUGUUUGUGUUUCGUCUGUCAUUUCCCUUUUUCUGUUUCUCACUCCCCUCCAUGCUCAGUUGCUUUUUUUUCCCUACCAUUGAUUGUGUUUCUCUUUCUCUCUCCUUCUCUAGCUGUUACAAGCCAGAGAUCUGAGGAUGUGAUCUGAACACUCCACUCCAGCCUUUUCAUUUCUUGUUUAUAUCUUUAUUUUUGUACUGCAGUGUACGGCAGGCCCUUGUCCCACAGUAACGCCCCCAGCCCCCUACAUCCUUCACAUGCAGCCAUUUUUCUUUUACAAAUUCACCUCGGAGGCCUGAGCUUCCAGCCCUGGAGGAGGGCAGCUGCUCCACGGAGCCCCUGAGCUGCUGUAGGAGUGGGAGCCCACGGCCCCCUCCUAAGACUGGCAGUCUGGUUUUCCUUUAUGUCACAGUGGCCCCUGGUGGGGACAUCAGCGAUCAGCCACUGCAGCCUGCGGUCCUUUCCUGAGCAGCCUGGAUGCAAAUGGGGACCGAGGUGGUGGCAGCUGUGGAAGGACCAGCCCUUGCCCUUUCACAGUUGCAGGCAACUGGU